GAAGAGUUCUGCCCCUCUGGCGACGUUCCCUCCCCUGAAGGUGCAGACACCAUCAGCGCCUGCGACAAAUGCGGCAUCUGCUUCACUGAGAUCGCCCAGUACCUCGCCCACAAAAAACUCUGCGGCGCCCGCGGCCGCAUCUUGAUGCCGUACGACCCGCCGGUCAACGGCUACCUGCAGAACGGCUACGACUUCAGCAGGAGCAGCCUCGACGGCAGCCUCGGGAAGGACUACAGCGACGGCGAGGACCGCGACGACAAGGAUGACUUCGACAGCGCCGAGGACGAGGAGAGGCCGAGGAACGAGAGCAUCGAUUUUGAUCACGCCGAUGACAACGAGGGCUCCAGGCGUGGGAGGAAGAGAUCCAGGGACGAAGAAGACGAUUACAAGAAUGAAGAGAACACAAGGUAUCGAUCCCAGAUUCGGUCUGAGGAGAACUUUAUACUUGGGCUUAGGAAUAAAAUGAUAAGUUCAUUAAACAAUUUUAGGGACAAGCCAAUGACGGAUGAGGGUGAAAAGCUAUCUGGGAGUCGAGCGAGGGCGGCCGAUGGCGACGCCCCGAGACAGUCGGAAGAGACGAGCGCCAAGCUCAAGAGGAGGAAAAGCACGGAGGGCGGCGAGCGCCCCACCCCGGGGAGUUCGAGUAAAGGUGCCGACCCCGCAAUAGCAUGGGCGUUGAAAGCGGCCGAAAGAGGCGUAUUCGGGGGCAACAGCAAUGUGACGCUGGAACCCCUGGCGGCAACGAGUGCGGCGGUCGCCCAGUGCAGCGACAGUCUUGUUGGACGUGAGUCCGUACCGGAGGAAGUCAACAUGUUCCGCACGAUGCUGUUUCAACUUCAGCAACAGCAGAUGAUGCAGGUGAGUAGAUGUAGCUGAUAGUGGGUGAGAGUGGGAGUUAAUUGGGUGUGCGGCACAGCUCAAUGUAUGGAGAGGAGGAUGAUGUUGGACGUGCUUCCACUUACUGAACCAUGGGAAAGGACCUUUUACGGGGAAUGAGAGGUCAUCGAGGACAAUAAUAUGGUGUUGGAAAAGGGAGGGGGGGGCCGCUAGGUAGUUGUUUAUCUCAGCCUCUGGGUGCAAUUUAUUGGUUGUUUUAGACAAAUAAAAUAUUAAAAUGAGUAUCUAUAAGUUAUUUGUGAAAAAAUGAGUUAGAUGACAUGAUUAUAAGAUUAUAAUUAAUCAUUUUUACCGUCAUGUGAUCAAUUAUUAUUUCUGGUGUCCUUCCCCCCCUCCCAUCCCCCCAACUUUUUGUUCUCCAAAAUUCCAUAAUUUUGAUUACGCCCCUGCUAGAAGAGUUAUGUAUUAUAUUAUAACACUUAAUCGAAUGACGCAUAUUCCCUUGUCUCAGAUACAAAUGAUACAACAGAUGAGGCGGCAGCUCAUAGCCAGCGGAGUCAACCCCAGCAUGCUCCCGGCUGACAUAGAUCUCAACAUGAUGACCAGCGAGGGCCUCGCCUCCGUGGGUGCUGCCAUGUCCGGCCUCCAGAACGCCACGGCGGCCGCGGCGGUGGCCAGGGACACACUGACGGCCCCGUCAUCAUUCAGGUACAGGGGCGCCUCCCGCUCCCCAUCUCACGGGGGCAGGUCGCGUGAAUCGUCCCCGACGUCGUCUGAGAAAUCUCACAGAACAGGCGAUCCCCCUAGCUCCCCCCACUCAGGUAAACCAGAGAAAGACUUUGAUAUCCUCCGAGACAUUUCUAGACUAAAAGAUGAAACACACGGCGGCUACGACAUGUCCGGGAAAUACCUGUCCCCAAACGCCCCUCUAAUGGACUCCUAUUCCAAAGAGCCCGGGGCCCUGUCUCCGCUGACCAGGAACCCCCUGGAGAUCCUCCAGGAAAAGACCGCAGCCUCCCUCUCAUCAAUGCCUCUACCUCCGGGCCUCAGGACGUCCGACAGCAAGGUGACCACCUCCAGUUCCAGCCUACUCAACUCCAGCGCCCUCUUCGCUAGCUCCCCGUCACUUAGCGCCCUGCAAAAGGAGACAGACGCGCUGAAGCCUUCCCCGAUUCUUCCACCUCUGUCCAUUCCUAUGACUGCCGAAGAUUACAAGGGCUAUAUACAGCGGGGCACAA